UUGUUAGAAGCCUCAAGCUUUUCUUCUUUGAUUCACACCAUUUCUCAGGUUGAACUACCGCAUGGUUGUUUGGUUCCUCGUGUUCCUCAGCGCUUGAACUAUAUACUUUUUGUGGAAGACUUACUAGAACUCAACCAAAUCAAAAAGGACAUUAUUGGAAUAGAUAUUGGUCGGUUUUUUAUUACGUUGCUUCGCAUCGGUUAUCUUCAACUCCGUACUGGUGCGUCUUGUGUGUAUGCCUUACUCGGUGCUCGCUGGGCCGGCUGGAAGUUCAUAGCUACCGAAGCUGACGAGGCAGCAGCAAAGGCGGCGAAUAGCAAUGUCACCCGCAAUAAACUCAAUCAUCUUGUCAGCGUUCUUCAUGUCAGCAAAGCGCGUAUUAAGCCGUCUACUUUGGACCAAGAUGAGUUCAGCGCUGUUGUUUAUACGUCAUUUGUUGUUGUCAAAGUGGUGAUUACCAAUAAGUUGGACUUAUUGGUAAAAUCACCACUUAUCUGACA